AUGAUGUCUGAGGCAGCCCAGGCGAAGAAAUCCUGCGGGCGUUGCCGGUGGCUGAGCCAUGGUGCCUAUUGGACGGAGAGGUGUACUUUCACUGAUUCAGACGGUGUGGUUCGCACCUGGCUGCAGCGGGCCGUCCAUGAAGAUGGCACGUUUGGCUUGGAGUGCCGCCUGUGCAAGGCAUUUGCAGUGCGGUUUCCAGAGAAAAUUUCGAAAAGCAGCCCCUACGUUGAAGGAAAAGUUGUUCCUCGGCAACUGGAAGACUUGCUUCGCCAUGCCGGCGAUGCAAAAAAGUCGGCCAAGAGAAGUUUGGUGCAUCAGCAGGCCCUCGACUAUCACCUGUCCCAGUCGGCUGAGCAAGGAGUCGGCGGGAGCGAACCAAGUCGGCCUUCGUAUGAGCCGGCCAUAUGUUCGUAUCAGGUGCUGAUGUCGGUGGAGACGGCGCACACGCCGAAUGCUGCACAGUGCUCUCUCUAUGAGGCCAAGUGCAAGCAAGGCAAUGCUGACAAUCCUGCCUUGUGCCCGCUGGCUAGGUCCUCUGGCGUGGGGCACUGGAAAAUCCAGCAUAGCCUGUCAGUUCACCUGUGGCGCAGCUGCCGCUCCAAGUUCAAGGCACAUGGAGGAGCUCGCGUUCUCUCCAUUGGCCUUGCCGAGGAGCCAAGGGAUGCGAGGGGCAAGUUCGAGCUGCUCAAGGCCAGGAUCGUCUACUCCGACUUCACAGUCGGCAACAUAGUCGUGGAUCUCUUCGAGCAUAAAGGCCGGAAGACGGCUUUGGACAAGGCGCAGCAGAUCCGGGAAUCUCUUCUCCGUUUCGCAGACGGCAAUGAUGCCAUCAUGGAUGUCCUGUCAAGGAAGACGCAAGUCUUUUGCAGUGACGGAGAGCGUGCGGAACCCCUUUCAGCAAGGCUGGCGAAGGAGCAACACGUAUUGCCCAGCCUCAAGGCUGUGCUGCGCUGCAGCGCACACAGCGCGCACAAGGCGCUGGAGAACUCCCUCGCAAGCGACCCUCGGGCCAAAGACCUGGUAGACGCACUCAUUUCGGCCUAUUCAGACGAAGCGAGCGGGAUGGCUGGAGGGCUCGCACGUGCCCUGACGAACUCCUUGAAGCUUGCCGAUUUGGUGGAAAAGGAGUCGGCCGAGCAGACGGAUCACCUGGUCUCCAAGAUGAGGUUUGCGGCCCAGCGAUUCGGGUCGCUGACUGAGGUAGCUGGCCACAUCGUCAGAAACACAAAGGUCCUCAUCACUGCCCUGACAAAGGUCGGCAACCAGUGGGCCAACAACCUGUUGCAUACAUGUUUUCGUCCCAAGAAACUCCUCCUGUUCGCACUCAUCGCCGAGUUUGGGGCUGCGGCUAUGCGGUUCAUCCGCAAGUUUGACAACAACGAGAGUGUGGAUGGGGGAGGAGUCGGCAAGGUGCCGGCAUUAUGUCGUGAAGUGGCCCUGCUGGAGCAAGAGCUGCAAACCCUCUUUGCUUUUCGGACUCCCGCAGCCAACGAAAACCAGCUCUCUGAGCCCCUGGUCCUGUCGGAAAAGUACAGCACCGGCUUCGUGCAGAUCAUGCAGAAGCAAUUCAAUUUUUUGGUGGAGGAGGCUAUCGUUCAGGACGGCGCCAUGAUUUUUUUCCAUAAGGGAGCAGGCUCGGAGCGGCAGGUGAGACGCUGGCUGGCAAAGGAGUUGGGCUCCAUGAAGAACAUUAUCGAGCUGUUUUUGUCGGCCAUCAGAGCCGAGUCCGACACUGGCGUUGCUGCAGCUCUCUCCCCGUUCUUCUUCCGGCCCGACAGUCGGCUGGACACGCCUGAGCAGCUGGCCCCACUUGCCGAUGCCUUGAACAUAGUGGCUGAUCUUGGCCGUGAGAUGCUCCUGCUGCGACCCACGGUUGAGACCCUUUGGAAGCAGGGGCACAGAAACGUGGAGGUCCUUUGGGGGAAAGCCUGCAAUCACUGGCAGAACAAGAUCCACGCGGUGGAUAAAGCCGUGGCCUUUAUGCUGAGCAUAUACACUUCGACGUCCGAGUUGGAGCAGGGGUUUAGCUUCUUGCAGAUGUUCGGGCACCUCUUCAAGAACAGGAUCGACGGGCCGAAGCCGUAUGAGAUCGCGACCCGUUCUUCCAAGAAUGGUGUUGUGACCCUCGUGCCACAGCCCAUCUGCUUUGCUGUGCAGAAGAUCUACGAGGAGCUCUAUGGUGCAAAACAGAAGGGGGUUGCAACCUCCACUCUGCCCAGACGUGUGCAGCCCGUUCUUGGGACCGACAAAGAGAAGCCUAGUCUGGCUGGGCUGAAGAGGAAGCAGCAGAAAGAAAUGAAGGAAGCCGCUGAAACAAUAGCGAACAGCCGGCUGAACCCAGAGUCGGCAGAGGAGUUGGCAGAGCUUGCGCAGAUCACUGAAAAGUCGGCGAAGAAGAGGCGCACUGAGAAGCAUGACAAGCUCUCAGUCUUUCUGCAGAAGUAUGCAGAGAGAAAGGCCUUCCUCUUCGAGUACGACCUCCGCGAGCCGGGCGAGACGGAGAACCACGCCAAGCUGCAGAGGCAUCUGCGAGAAGCCGAGCAGAGAAAAAGCCGGCUCUUGGAGAUGACCAAGCGGUCCAUGGCAACGGUGCUGUUGCACCCCCCGUUGCCGCAGGGCACUCUGGUGGUGGCAUCGGAUGGCUCCUGCAAGAACGAACUGGCGGCAGCUGGUGCGUCGUUCUUCGCUUGGCCCACGUCGACUGCCGAGCGUUUGAACGUCGCACAGUUGGCGUACAGAAGUCGGCAGCUUGGUGAGGCCAUGCUCUUCCCGACUGAGGAGUCUAUGACAAGUUUCGCAGCCUGUGCCCGACUCCUUGGGGGCCAUGUUGCUGGGCCCUACUGGUUGCAGCUGGCAAGGAGAGACGGCAAGUUGCAUAGCACAGUCUGCUCUCUUAAGAGAGGCCUGGACCAGGACCACCAGCUCUACCUCCACAAAUCGCUUGAGGAGGAUGAUUCAGGAAGCGGCAAGGGCAUGGGCAUCUGUGUCAAGGUGCUGCAAGAGGAGUCGGCUCGGCUAACAGACGGCCAACAUGUCGGCUGGAAGAUCAUGGACAGCAAGAAAGCUUUGUGA